ACUGGCUGUCCGUUCGGCCCAGGGGAUGGACGCUUGUCUCCUCCUCUCUCCUCCUCGCCGCCUCCUCUCCUCGCGUGCCUAGCUUCCCUUCCCUUCCCUUCCCUUCUUCCCUACUCCUCCCACUCCACUCCACGCGCACCUCGCCGCGUCCCUGAUCUGAUUGAUUGAUGCCGGGGCGGCCGUGAUGGCGGCGGGAGCAGGAGCGGGCGGCGGGGGCGGGGAGGGCGACAGCAACGGGGGAGGCACCUCCCCGGGUGGCGUGUCGGCGGCGGCGCCGGCGAUCGGGCCCCACCACCUCGGGGUUGCCGCCGCGGAAGAAGCAAUGUGGCAAAUGACUUUAGGAGGAGGAGAGUCUAUGGAGUCCACUCCAUACCCUGAGCGGAUAGGAGAGCCAGACUGCAGUUAUUAUAUGAGGACUGGACUAUGUAGGUUUGGGAUGACCUGCAAAUUCAAUCACCCCCCAAAUAGAAAACUGGCUGUUGCUGCUGCAAGGAUGAAUGGAGAGUAUCCUUAUAGAGUUGGUCAACCUGAGUGUCAAUACUACUUGAAAACUGGAACGUGCAAGUUUGGUGCAACAUGCAAGUUUCAUCACCCCAGGGAGAAGGCUGCACUUGCAAACCGUGUACAGUUAAAUGUUCUAGGCUACCCGAUGCGUCCGAAUGAGAAGGAAUGUGCUUACUACUUAAGAACAGGGCAGUGUAAAUUUGCAAGCACAUGUAAGUUUCAUCAUCCACAGCCCUCUAAUACAAUGGUUGCUGUACGGAACUCUAUGUAUUCACCUGGACAGUCUGCAACCUCUCCUGGUCAACAUACUUAUCCUGGGGCCGUAACAAACUGGACCUUGUCAAGAUCUGCAUCAUUUAUUGCAAGCCCCAGGUGGCCUGGCCAUUCAGGCUAUGCACAAGUAAUCGUUCCCCAGGGCCUUGUUCAAGUUCCAGGGUGGAAUCCUUAUGCUGCACAAAUGGGCUCUUCGUCUCCAGAUGACCAGCAACGAACACCUGUAACCACUCAAUACUAUGGCUCACGUCAGAGUGAAACAGGUGGUAUGGGAGAUCAUGGAAUGUAUCAGUCAUACCAAGGAGGCUCUGUUCCAGUCGGUGUUUACACAGUACAAGGGGAAAAUAUAUUUCCUGAGAGACCUGAUCAACCAGAGUGUCAAUUCUACAUGAAAACUGGAGACUGUAAGUUUGGUGCUGUUUGCAAGUUUCAUCACCCCAAGGAGCGACUGGUACCUGCUCCAAACUGUGCAUUGAAUUCACUUGGUCUUCCACUACGCCCGGGAGAACCUGUCUGCACAUUCUAUUCUCGUUACGGGAUCUGCAAGUUUGGUCCUAAUUGCAAAUUUGACCAUCCUAUGGGAACCCUUAUGUAUGGAAGUGCAACAUCACCAAGAGGUGAUGUGUCAUCUAUGCAUUAUCAGUUGUCACCCUCACCAGGGCAUCCAGGAAUAUUGCUUGAUGGAGGCUCUGGAAGGUCUCACCGGGUUCCUCAGUCUGAUUCCCAGCAAAUACCCUCUGGCGAUGGGAAUGCCGAGAGAGAGGCAUCAUAAGCCCUCCUCGGCCUUUCCUCAUGCUACCUCCCAUUCUUGACUCUUCAGUAAUUAUCUCCAACAAAUUCAAAGAGCUGAAGCUGUACAGGUCCUUGUCCAUCCUUUUUCUGCUUCUCUGAAUCACCACACACCGGUGCUUCAUCAUGUAUCACAUUCAGGCAGGAAAAUGUUCUUGCUUGCCCCUCCCCGCCCCAAUUCCUGCAUGCCCCGUGAAAAUAAAUGGGGCAACCAUUCUUAUUUAUCCCUACCAUAUAUACACACACAAGAUACACUCACCUCCUGACACUCGGUUCGGCGAAUGAUGUGCCUUGAUCCCUCUGUUGUAGUUAUACAGGUGGCCUGCAGUGGACAAAGCUUACCAAACUGACUGUAUUGGGGAUUCUGUUUCGUUUUGCUCUUCUUCCUUUCUAGGCAUUGGGGAGUAAGCGCAGGACUUGCUGCUUGUGCAAGUGUGCAUGUUGAAAACAACGGAAAUAAUGCUCUGCCUUAAUUGUAAUAAUUGUAAUUUAUGUUCUACCAACUGAAUUAUUUGUUCAAUAAAAGAAUCGGCCAUGGCUGCGCGAUCUGGGUCAUUGUUCUCGACA